AUGUCGCUGAUUCCCUACGCCCCAGCUGAGUCGCGGGAGAUUGUGCUGCGUCAUGGUUCUGCUGUUGUCGUGUACGACCAGCGCUCAAAACAACUCUCCCUCCGCGAUGCCUCCCACGCGACUGAUAUCGGCUCUACGUCAUGUCCGUACUGUCACCGAUCCUACCGCGAACCAUCACCCCAUGACGAACACGACAGCGACGCGGAGGAACAUACUGCGCCUGGCAUACCCACCGAAAAUGGCUUCGUCAAUCCCGCAUACUUCCAAAUGCUGCGCCGGAGUCAGCCAGGAUCAACAGAGGGAUCGCGACCCUCAUCACCACAUAAACAACUAGCGCCUGCCCCUUUGCGCAUGGGUAGCUUCGAGCCGCCUGAGGGUUCUGAGUUUGUGGGAAGCACACCGAUCCAGCCCGCUCGAAGCCAGGGUAUAUCUGCCAGAGCCUUCAGUCCCAACUACUUCAAGGACUUCUUCAUAGAAGAGCGCGAGCUGGGCAGAGGAGGCAAGGGUGUGGUCUUGCUGGUGCAGCAUAUCCUCGACGGCGUGCACCUGGGCAAGUUCGCAUGCAAGCGCGUGCCAGUCGGCGACGAUCACGAAUGGCUGGAGAAGGUCUUGAUCGAAGUGCAACUACUGCAGACCCUGUCGCACGAGAAUCUGGUAUCAUACCGGCAUGUAUGGCUGGAGGACUACCAGAUAUCUAGCUUUGGCCCAAGCGUACCGUGCGCGUUCAUACUGCAACAGUACUGCAACGCUGGCGAUCUCCACGACUAUAUUCUAGACUCUAUGAAGACAUCUGUAACCAAGGAGCAGAUGAAGGAGCGACUCAGGAGGAGGUCCAAGGGCCAGCUGGAAGAUCCAGAGGACGUGCAUGGACCGCGUCGCAUGCACUUUGAAGAGAUCAUAUCCUUCUUCAAGGACAUCACGUCCGGCUUAAGUCACCUUCAUGCCAACGGCUACAUACAUCGAGACCUGAAGCCUAGCAACUGCUUGCUCCAUCGUACUGGCCGCAAGAUCAAAGUUCUAGUCAGCGAUUUCGGCGAAGUGCAGUCCGCGAACACAGCGAGAAAUUCGACAGGAGCAACUGGAACCAUCUCAUACUGCGCCCCCGAAGUGCUUCGUCAAGAGCGACCUGGAGGUGCUUUUGGCAACUUCACAACCAAGUCUGACAUCUUUUCGCUCGGUAUGAUCGUCUACUUCAUGUGUUUUGCACGACUGCCAUACCGGAACGCGGAUGGUAUCGAUGAGGACAACGAGGACCUAGAUCAGUUGAGGGCUGAGAUCUCGACUUGGGCUGGUAUCGACGACGAACAGCGGGUUCGCUCAGACUUGCCUGAAAAGCUAUACAGAUCGCUGAAGACGCUCCUCGCCAUCAACCCCGAUGAACGCCCAGGUGCAGAGGAAAUCCUGAAUGUCCUGAAAUCACCACUGGUAUUCGACGAGUACAAUGCAUAUGCAGGCCCAUCGGGUCUAGACGAGUUUAGUCCUCGCAUAUCGCGAGCCGACACGCCCAGCCCUUCACCUAACCAAGGUAACAAAAAGCGUGCUUCGAUCAACUACACACGGCCAGGUCGAUCGCAUCUCAGCGCAACUGUCAUGGACCGCUCGCCUAGUCCGCCACGUCCGCAGCCGAUGAGGAGGCAGUCAUCUGAGGAUGGGGCGGUGAUCCUAAGGAGGAAAUUGGAGUUUCCGCCGCCCCCUUCUGGAGGGAGAACGCCAUCACCACAGCGUCUCAUGCUCCCUCCACCGCCACCUGCGAGUGCAUCAUCAAGACUGUACAGACUGUCAAGGAAUCCCGCUGCCAUUAGCACUACCAAGACUUUGCUGUUCUGCGCAAAGGCGUAUAGUUUGCUCUCGCCCUGCCAGCCCUUUGCGGCGGAUCCGCGCGUCCUGUACCCGUUGUUGUGCAUAGCAUCACUCGACUUCUUGCAUGCCGGCACAUCUAUCAGGGGAAGGCCAGUCGAUCGCUCGGGCUUCGGCACCAACACGUCUCAGUUCUUUGACGACCCGGACAUUCUCAUGUCCACACAGCACAACAUUGGCGAAGAUACCAACACACUCCCAGCAUACCCGCACAUUCGGUCAACAGCCAAGAAGAUGAACACUUGGGCACCGUUCCGCUCCCAGCAGGUCCAGCCGGAUACAUCCAUGGUAAACAAGGAGUUCGGCGACUUUGACCACAGCAUAUCAGACGAGGAAAGCAUGGCCGUAGAACAGGCACGAGGUAACCGCAGCAACCGCGGUACUCCCAGCAAGAUGAGCUCUCAGUUUAACAGCCUUUACGACAUCACACCCCCCACCAACCGGUCGCGCAAGUCAUACCAGGCAGAGACUGGUAGCCUUCGACGCGACGCGGCAAUCCGACGCGCCUCACGCAACGACCUUGAUACUGCAUCGCCGCGUCCUGCAAGCAAGCGCAACUCCCCCGCCCUCUCUACCAAGGAAGACCGCAAGCGUACUUCUCUCGCACAGCUGCACGCGAAGCUAUCGGAGGACGAGUCAUCGUUUAUGGAGCACCGACCACCAACACUGACCAUGGAGUCGGCCAAGAACACGCGCUGGGGCAACAGGAGCCGACAGACCUCCCUCCAAACUGACGGCAACGUCGACCCGCCGCAAUCAAAAGGCACAUCUCGCUCCAGACCGGCCACAGCACAGAACGCGACUGCGCAGUCGUUUAUUCUGCCCGACAUCCCCAACCUUACCGAGCUUGUCUCUGGCGUCUUCGACGAUGGCACACCAGUCUUUUCCAAGACCGCACCCUCAAGAUCACGCUUCGCUGCUCCUCCAUACGGUGGUCGCCGACCAUCGCAUAUUCCCAUCGACGGCGCGCCCAUUCCUGAUGAAGAGAAGGCCAUCUUCGCUGCCCUCCAGCAACUGCAGGAGAAGAUUGCAGACAUGGAGCGUGAGCGUGAGGAGAAGGACAAGAAGAUGGAUGAGCAGGAACUGGAGCUGAUCGAGCUGAGAGCGACUACACAAGCUCAAGAGAAGUUGCGACGAAGCGACAGCGCGCAGGACUCUGAUGCUGGCGGAAAGAGCGGCUGGAAGGUCGAGAAGACGCGUCUUGACGCGACAGUACAGACCCUCCGAACCAAGCUUGAUCGCGCCGACCGCAAAUUCGCCGUACUCGAAAUUGAGAAGAAACGCCUAAGCACCGAGCGCGACAACAUGGCGAACCAGCUUGGGGUCGCAUUCCAGACCUGCGAAGAACUUAAGACCGAGAAGAACGCAUUGAGCCACGAGAACGAGCAGCUCCGCCAGGAGAUUGACAACCUUCGCGAACAACUCGAGCAAGACCAGUCACACCACCGCGAAGAGACAACUCAGCUCCGUCAGCAGUUCGACCAAGCCGCGAAUGCGACCCAGAGGGAGAACGCCAACCUACAUGCCGAGUUGGCUCGCGUACGCGCUCAACAGGACGAGAACACCCAGCAGUUGACUCGUAGGGAUAUGGAACUGCGAAAGGCGCGUCAAGAGCAUGCUGAGUAUGCCCGUUUGAAGUCCGACCACGAGUCGCUCAAGGCUCAAUUGGCAGAAUUCAAGGCAAAGCGCGAAGAGGAGGCUCAGCGCUGGUCUCGUCAGGAAGCUUCGUUGCGAGCUCAGGUUGGCCGACGUGACGACACCAUCCGACACUUCGAGGAUAUGACACAAGAACGUACCAACGAAGCCAUGCGUUUGGACAAUGAGAACCUCCGAAAUGAGCUUCGCGAACUGCAAGCCCAGCAAGAUGAGGAAAAUGAGGAGUGGGCCAGGAAAGAGGCGGAGUUGCAGCGAAAGAUUCGCCAGCGUGAGAAUGCUCGCAAGGCUAGGGACAGCGAACAGCACUUCGACGAUACCACCGGCCCUGUUUCGAGAACUAGGGAUACGGAGCACAUCUUCGAAGACACUCUACAACGCAAGCCUAGCUACCGCCGCGAGGACACACGCACACGCAUCAGGAACCGUGUUCAGCAAGAAGUCCGCAACAGCAAGGUCGCUGGAGUACCAAACCAAGAGAGCCCGCGGAAGUCGUUUACCGGACAUUCGCGAUUCUCAACCCGCAGUGUGUCAGCACCUGUUCCCGCGGACAAGCACGCUCGCGCCGAGAGUGAUGUGGAGUCGACAACCGAUCUGUCUCUUGCACCUCGCGCAACUCUUCGCAUCUCACGGAACCCCACUUCUACGAGACAGACCACGACCGUUCAGCCUCCUGCCGACCUGAGUCUGACAGAGUUGAGCUUCUUCCCUCAGGAAGAGAUUGCUAGGCUUCGACGAUCUCUGGAAGAACAGCGAGCUGCCGAGCGCCAUGGUGCUUCAUCUGCCAGGACUGAAGAGCCAGUCCGCGAGGAUACCGUUCGCUCGCAGCGCCAGACUCGGGAAGAUACCGUCAGGUCAGUCGCUUCUGCUAAGAGCGAACGACGACCCUCUCUUGUGCGCAAAUCGUCACUCAAGGACACCACACAGCGCACCACCAACACUAAUUUCGAGGAAGACACUGGCAACAUGUCGAACUUAGACGCCGACGCUGAAGCCACCCAAACAAAGCAGUCAGCCAUUGACGCGUCUAUGCUCAGCAACACCAGCCGCAGACGCCGCAGCGCUCCCACCGAAAUGACAUCCGCAUUCAUCCUCCCCGACAUCAAGCUCAGCUCCACAAACCAAACCAACGCUUCACGCAAACCCAUCACCAAAGACCACGACAACGACAACUGCACCGUCUGCCGCCGCGAAGGCUACACCACAGCCACCGGCCCCCUCCGCGUCCCCAAACUCGUCUCAGCUUCUUCCCGCACAGCCGACGAACCCGAUGCCACCCUCCGUCCCGCACAAUCCCCGCGCGAAGCCCUCGCCCUCGUCGUCAAAGGCCUAAAAGACGAACGCGUCCACCUCUGGGCCGAGCUCGCCGUCCAAGCCGCCCUCCUCGAGCAGCACGACCCUAGUCUGGGUAAGCGCCGCCGCGACGCCCUCAACGCCUCGAUCCAAGACCUGCACCGCCGUCUCGAAUGGCUCGACAUGCAGAUCUACCGCUUGCACGACGUGCUCGAAGGCCAAAAAGCCGAUGAGUUAACUGAAGCGGAAUUCGACGACCUCACCCAAGAAGUCCUUGUUCAACAGUCUGAACAAGAGCAAGAGCAAGACGGAAACACGGAGAAAUCGGUAACUACUGGUGGAAAGAAGAAGGCGAAGAAAGUUACGAUCCGCAGCUUUGUCGAUGAGGAUGAGGAUGAGAGUGUGGAGCUGAGGCGUAGUGCGGCGCAACAGGAUCACGGGGCGGAGGAGAGUGGUGAUGAGACGCAUGAGCUUCCUUGGGAGGGGUUUGGUGAGGAGAGUAUGGAGGGGGAUGUUAGUUUUAAUGCGCUGGAGGGGUGGAGGGCGAGUGUGCAUUAA